AUGGCAACACUCUCAAGCUCCACUCCUUUCUCUGCUUCCAAAACUCCACAAGCCCACAACCUUAAUUCUUCCCGAGAAUUCUCUCUUCUUUCUAAACUCCAUUCUUGCAAAUCUGUAUCUCAACUCAAACAAAUCCAUGCCUUCAUCAUCAAAACACCAAAGACUUCUACUCAUCACAUUUAUGCUAAAAAACUCAUCUACUCACUCCUACAAUUACAGCAUUCCUUUAGCCCGAAUGACAAAAACCUCACCUAUGCUUACUCUCUUGUUAAGCAAUGGGAAAAACCAGACGUUUAUGCUUACAAUGCAAUAAUCCAACGACUCUCAUCAACUUCCAGCAAGAAUUCAAUGCAAUCUUUUCACUUGUAUCAGGAAAUGCUGAUAAAGGGCAUCUUUCCUGAUGCAUACACUAUUCCCUAUGUUCUUAAGGCGUGCUCCCAAUCUCUGGCUCUUAGGGAAGGUCAGCAGAUUCAUUCUCAUUGUAUUAAGAUGUUGUUCGUUGAAAAUGUGUACGUUAAUAACACUCUUAUGAGGCUUUAUGCUGUCUGUGGAAUGCUUGACGCUGUUGAGAAGCUGUUUGAGCAAGGUCCUGUCAGGGACUUGGUCUCGUGGACCACGCUCAUUCAAGCAUAUCUCAAGAUGGGAUUUCCAAAGGAUGCCGUUUUGGCAUUUUUUAGGAUGUGCCAAACAAAUUUAAGACCGGACAAUAAGAUGUUAGUCGUUGUGCUCUCCGCGUGCUCCAGGUUGGGGGACUUGAGUUUGGGUAGGAAAAUACAUGAAUACAUGGACCAUCUUAAGGUGAAUGUCAAUUCGGAUGUUUUCCUUGGCAAUGCAUUGGUGGAUAUGUACUUAAAAUGUCGUGAAGCUGGCUUAGCUAGGCAGAUGUUUGAUAAGAUGCCCGUUAAAAAUGUAGUUUCUUGGAAUUCAAUGAUAUCUGGUCUAGCUCACCAAGGACAGUUUAAGGAGGCAUUGGAUGUAUUUCGGUGGAUGCAGAAGGUGGGAUUGAAACCGGAUGAUGUUACUUUGGUUGCUGUGUUGAAUUCUUGUGCUAAUCUUGGAAUGCUUGAGCUUGGAAAGUGGGUUCAUGCUUAUAUUGAUAAAAGUCAUAUCAAGGCGGACGGGUUUAUUGGGAAUGCUCUUGUAGAUAUGUAUGCAAAGAGUGGAAGCAUAGAUCAAGCCUUCGGGGUGUUCCAAGCCAUGAAAUUUAGAGAUGUUUAUUCUUAUACUGCAAUGAUUGUAGGCUUGGCAAUGCACGGGGAAGUAGAGAGUGCACUGAAUAUCUUCUCUGAAAUGCCCAGAAUGGGCAUAAGACCUGAUGAAGUAACAUUUGUGGGUGUUCUUUCCGCGUGUAGUCAUGCAGGAUUGGUGAAAGAAGGAUGGAGAUAUUUUGAGGACAUAUCUAAGGUCUACAACCUCGAACCUCAAGCAGAGCACUAUGGUUGUGUGGUUGACCUCUUGGGUCGUGCUGGACUAAUAAGUGAGGCACAACAGUUCAUACAGAAUAUGCCAAUUGCUCCUGAUGCUUUUGUUUGGGGGGCACUACUAGGAGCUUGCAAGAUGUAUGCAAAGGUUGAGCUUGGGGAAAAUAUAAUGGAAAAACUGCUAGAGGUGGAGCCUCGAAAAGAUGGUGCAUAUACACUCAUGUCAAACAUGUAUUCCUCUGCAAAUAGAUGGAGAGAUGCGUUGAAAUGGAGAAAGGCCAUGAAAGAAAGAAAAAUAAAAAAGACUCCUGGGUGUAGUUCAAUUGAAGUUGAUGGUCUGGUUCAUGAAUUCCGCAAGGGCGAAAAGGCACAUCCAAAAGUUAAAGAGCUGUACAAGUUGCUGGAAGCGAUGAAUGGUCACUUGAGAAACUAUGGGAUUUGGUCCGCAGCAAUUGAUUAUGUUGAUACAACUACAGGAUGCAAGCACCAUUUGUCUCGCUAG